AUUCCCCAAAUCCAAAUCCAAAUCCAAACCCUUUUCCUCUCUCGCUCACUCCCCCACCCACAUCGCUAGCGGCUCUGCUCAAAGCCUCUUUUCUUUUCGUUCUUCAACUCAAUCUCUCCCCCUCUCUCGCUCUCUCGGCUUUGAUCCGGCUCAGAUCUAUCUUGCGCCGCUCCACUCUUCUCCUCCCUUCCCUCCCAUCUCUUCCAAAUCCUUUGAUCACACCGAUUUUCAGCUUUCCGACGAACCCAAAUCGUCUAAUAUGUCACUCAAUCUUCCUGUUUUGUCUCCUCCAAUGGUGGGGUUGAGCUUUUGUUCGAGUUGCUAAAUGGGUUUCUGUUUCUUUGGCUGUCUUUUCGGAAGACCCUUUGUCGGGAUCGCGUUUUUGACAAUUGGGAUCGCGGUGGAAUAAGCGACAGAAGUGUUUAUGUUUCAGCUUUCAGUUCCAUGUAUUUCGGAACAGGGACUGUUAGUGGGGAGGUGGGAAACCAAAUGGACUGGAGUGUGAAUAAUGCAUUUAAAACAUUUAAAGAUUUGGAAUCCAAGUCCGUGAUGGAUAUGUCACUCAUUCCAACCAUUGACCCAAUCGAUAUUGGUUUGGGCUCAUCCGACAAGGGGAGCCCGAAUCCUUCAGCAAAACCAAGAAAAAAGACCAUGACAUCGGUUUAUCUCAAAUUUUUCGAGACUGCUGCUGAUGGGAAAAGCAGAAGAUGCAAGUUUUGUGGACAGAGCUACUCCAUUGCAACAGCUACUGGAAAUUUGGGACGACACCUAAGUAAUCGGCAUCCAGGUUAUGACAAGUCUGGUGAUAUUGUGAGUAAUCCAGCACCACAGCCUAUCACCAUAAUCAAGAAGUCUCAACCUCAAGGGAAACAGCAACAGAUUGAUUAUGAUCAUUUAAAUUGGUUGAUAAUUAAGUGGCUUAUCUUAUCGUCUCUCCCUCCUUCGACCUUGGAAGAAAAAUGGCUGAUCAACUCGUAUAAGUUUCUCAAUCCAUCUAUUCAACUAUGGCCUGCCGAAAAGUACAAAGCGGUUUUUCGGGAAGUUUUUAGAAGCAUGCAGGAAGAUGUAAGAGCCUCUUUGGAACACGUUUCAUCUAAGAUCUCAGUUACUCUCGAUUUUUGGAAUUCCUACGAUCAAAUUUCUUUUAUGAGCAUUACAUGCCAAUGGAUUGAUGAAAACUGGUCCUUCCAAAAGGCGCUUCUCGAUAUCUCUCACAUACCCUAUCCCUGUGGAGGCGUUGAGAUCUUUCACUCUCUUGUUAAAGUUCUUAAGAAGUUUAACAUAGAAAAUAGAAUCCUUUCUUGUACUCAUGAUAGUAGCCAAGACGCCAUGCAUGCCUGUCAUGCUUUGAAAGAGCAUUUGGAUGGUCAGAAAGUUGGGCCUUUCUUUUAUAUUCCUUGUGCUGCUCGUACUCUAAACGUGAUCAUAGACGAUGGAUUAAGAACCACGAAAUCAAUAAUUGCAAAAGUUCGGGAGUUCAUACUAGAAUUGAAUGCCUGCUUGGAUAUCUCUGAGGAUUUUGUUCAGUUUACUACAGUUUAUCAAGAAGGUAACUGGAAAUUUCCACUUGAUGCUUCAGCAAGAUGGAGUGGAAAUUAUCAGAUGCUCAAUCUAGUAUGCAAGGCAGGGAAAUCCAUGGAAGCUGUUAUAAGGAAGUACGAGGAAACACUUGGCAGUAAGAUGCUUUUGAACUCUACAGAGAAGAACGUAGUUAAUAUUGUUCAUCAAUAUUUAGAACCCUUUUAUAAAACCACAAACAACAUAUGCACAAAUAAGGUUCCAACUGUUGGGCUGGUUCUGUUUUUCAUGGAUCACAUCUCCGAGACUAUCGCUGCGUGUCGAGAUUCUCGACACAACCCCGACUGGCUAAAGAGCGCUGCAGAAGACAUGGCUAAGAAAGCAAAACAUUACAGUCAUCUUGUUUGCAACAUUUACACAUACAUGACUGCAAUUCUUGAUCCUAGAAUCAAAGGAGACUUGAUUCCAGAGAGUCUUAACUCAGGGAAUCAUUUGGAGGAAGCCAGAUCCCAUUUCAUGAGAUAUUAUUCUUCCAACCAUUUUCCAUCAAUACCCAGUAGCUAUACUGCUCAAGAGAUUGAAGAUGGAGGAAGUGUCUCUUUCGCUGAGGAAAUUGCUCGAAAAAAGCGAAGAGCAAGCAUGAGCAACACGACGGAUGAGCUAACGCAGUAUUUAUCGGAGCCUCCGGCUCCAAUAUCAACAGAUGUCCUAGAGUGGUGGAAAGUUAACAGUACACGUUAUCCACGGCUCUCUGUUAUGGCUCGAGACUUCUUGGCCGUGCAGGCGACUUCAUUGGCUCCUGAAGAACUGUUUUGUGGGAGAGGCGACGAUAUCGAUAAACAAAGAUAUUGUAUGCCUCAUGAUAGCACACCAGCUCUGUUUUGUAUCAAAUCAUGGAUUCAAAGUGGAUUCAAGUUGAAAUACAAGUCUAGUGAGAUUGAUUAUGAGAGAUUGAUGGAACUGGCUUCCACAUCAACCAUUGAUAGCAGUACUGGUGGUUCAGACAAGAAAUCAAAAUGAUUAUUACAAAGCUAUGUUGGAGCUUCUUGAGGUCAGUUCAAACUUAGAAUCCUUGAAAGACUGACAUUUUAUGGCUUAUUAUACCCUUUGGAUCAUGUGUAGAAUUAAUACAUCUUGUUGUAUUGUAUGCUUUCUUCUUGUUAAUGUACAGCAUAUGUUGAUGGCAAUGCUAACUGACCGAGUAGACAGAUUAGUGUUCUUGUGAUGUUUUAUGAUUAUAGAAAAAAGUAUUUGAUCUUCAUGA